UACUAAUUCAAAUCGUGGUUAUGAUUUUGAAGGUUAAGUAGAAGUUCAUGGUGUGGUUACUAAACGGAGUAGAAUAAUUUUUUUCAACAGAAAAUGGAUGAUGAUUUCGAGCCUGAAGAUCACCAAGAAGAAGUUAUCUACCUCGACGAAGUGCAAGAAGUAUCAGUUGAGGAAAUAUUAGAAGAUCUCGAUAUUAGUGUUGAUGAUGAGCCAGAGUGCCAACCUGAAAUAAUCGACUUAUCUGUUCUUACAUUCCAAAAUCAUAAAAAAUCAUCUGUAUUUUGCUCAGAUUUGACUAACGACGGACAGCUUGCAAUAACGGGGGGCGAAGAUGACACAGCUUUUUUGUGGAAAACUGAGAAUGGCGAGGUUGUAUUUGAAUGUACUGGGCAUAAAGAUUCUGUCGUAGAAGUUUGUUUCAAUUUCGACAAUCAAUAUGUUGCUACAGGAGAUAUGAAGGGUAUGAUUCAAGUUUGGAACGUACAGGAAAAGACUUUGGUGUGGUGUCAUGAGUGCGAUGACGAUUUGGAAUGGUUGUUUUGGCAUCCACUGACCAAUGUCCUGUUUUGUGGUAGUCGCAAUGGUGAUGUCUCUGUGUGGCAAAUUCCUCAAGGCAACUGUAAAAUGCUAUAUGCUCAUAAUAAUUCCCCUGCUCUUUGCAGCAAACUUUUACCUGAUUUAAAACACAUUUUGGUUGGUUAUGAAAAUGGUCAAUUGAAACUAUGGAUUAUUAGGGAGUGCAAAACCCUGUGGACCAUCAAUCUGCCUGGACCUGCCUACAAUGUAGAUAUUGAUAAAGAAGGAACGCUUGCCAUAGUAGCACCUGGUUCUAUAUUAGUCAAAUUAGCAGAUGGAAAAAUAAUAACAACAUUACUAGCUGAAGGCGAAACAGACGUUGAGGAAGUCUUGUUUAAUAAGGAGUUAGGGAAUGUAGCGACAGGAUCAAUAUCAGGAAAAUUAUGUGUAUGGGAACUGGGUCACCACGUUCUUAGACAUGAGGCAAAUAUUCAAUGUGCGGUGACUGUAAUGAAGUGGGGAUCAAAUUGCAAAAUAUUCAUUGGAGCCUCUGAUGCAGCAGUUUAUGUUUGUGAUGUAAAAACUGGUACAUUAUUACACAAACUUACAGGACAUAAAUCUGAGAUUUUGAGUAUUUCUGUAUUCAAAAAUUGUAGUAACCAGAUAUUAACAACUUCUGACGAUGGGACUGCUAAAAUAUUCAAUAUAAAAAUUGAUUAAUUAUUGAUGUAUACUGUUUUUUAUAUUGUUAUAUAUUCUA